GGGAGUCCGGAGGCGGUGGAGACGCCACGAGCCGUGAGUGAGGCGCGGCGGAGGUGUCUGCAACAAGUGCCGGAACCGAGCCCGGGCCGAGCCGAGUCAGUCACCCCGUCGCCGACACCACCAGUACGCCCUUCGCGGGCGCAACGCAUGGAGCGAGAGCGGCGGCGGUCGCCGGGCUGAGCCGCGCGGAGCGGCCGGGACGUGGAUGCAGCCGCGAUCUCCCGCCCCCGCCCCGCUGAGCAGGAGCAGCUCCCGGACAAGAUAUGAGAAAUGAGUGUUGGACGUCGAAGAAUAAAGUUGUUGGGAAUCCUGAUGAUGGUAAAUGUCUUCAUUUAUCUGAUUGUGGAAGUCUCCAAAAGCAGUAGCCAAGAGAAAAAUGGAAAGGGGGAAGUAAUAAUACCCAAAGAAAAGUUCUGGAAGAUAUCUGAACCCCCCAAGGCAUAUUGGAACAGGGAACAAGAAAAGCUCAACAGGAGGUACAACCCCAUCUUGAACAUGUUAGUCAACCAGACGGGGGAGGCGUAUGGAUUUUCCAACAUAAGCCAUCUGAAUUAUUGUGAACCUGACCUGAGGGUCACGUCCGUCGUUUCUGAUUUUGACAGUUUGCCAGAUAGAUUUAAAGACUUUCUGUUGUAUUUGAGAUGUCGGAAUUAUUCACUGCUUAUCGACCAACCAGAUAAGUGUGCAAAGAAGCCCUUCUUACUGCUGGCAAUUAAGUCCCUUACUUCACACUUCGAUAGAAGGCAAGCGAUUCGGGAAUCUUGGGGCAAAGAGACCAAUGUGGGGAACCAGACAGUGGUGCGUGUCUUCUUACUGGGCCAGACGCCCCCCGAGGACAACCAUCCUGACCUUUCAGAUAUGCUGAAAUUCGAGAGUGAGAAGCACCAAGACAUUCUCAUGUGGAACUACAGAGACACUUUCUUCAACUUGUCUCUGAAAGAAGUGCUCUUUCUCAGGUGGGUGAGCACUUCUUGCCCAAACGCCGAGUUCGUUUUCAAGGGCGACGACGAUGUCUUUGUGAACACCCACCACAUCCUGAAUUACUUGAACAGCUUGUCCAAGAACAAAGCCAAAGAUUUGUUUAUAGGCGAUGUGAUUCACAAUGCCGGACCUCAUCGGGAUAAGAAACUCAAGUACUACAUCCCAGAAGUUGUUUACACUGGCGUCUACCCACCUUAUGCAGGGGGCGGUGGAUUCCUCUACUCCGGCCACCUGGCCCUGAGGCUGUACAAUGUCACUGACCAGGUCCUUCUCUACCCCAUCGACGACGUCUAUACUGGAAUGUGCCUUCAGAAACUCGGCCUUGUUCCAGAGAAACACAAAGGCUUCAGGACCUUUGAUAUAGAAGAGAAAAACAGGAAUAACAUUUGUUCCUACCUAGGUUUGAUGCUAGUACACAGUAGAAAACCGCAAGAGAUGAUUGAUAUUUGGUCUCGGCUGCAAAAUGCUCAUUUAAGUUGCUAAAUUAUGUACAAACUCCGUUUUGCAUAGAAAGACAUAGCUAACAUAGUUCCCAUGUUGUGUGUUCUCUCACGUUAGGGGCAAUUUCUGUGUUCAACCAUCAAAAUUGCCUUUAUAAAGUAGUAUCCAUUUGAGGGCCUCUAAGCCCUUCACUUGUGGUACUUUCUGAAAAGGGAAAGCAGAGGAAGAUCCUAAUGUUUUCUGGUGGAUAUGGCAAGAUGAUUGGCUCCAACCCUUCCUGCUGGCUUAUGGUCAUUGUUUUCUGAUUUGCUUGCCUCAUCAUCCGAAAUCAUGUUUCUGGAAUUUGACCAUUUUAAGUUAUUUUUGUUUUGCCCUCUUCUGAAGAAUAUUCCUGUUUCUCAUUAUAAUGAGUGAAUUAUCUGCCAUUUAGAUUUCCAUGAACCUAUUGGCUAACAAAGACAUUGUUAUACAUGACUCAGUGGUUUUGUGAAGUGGGAUUAUGUUUGUUUUCAUGUGAUUUGGAUGAAUUUUUAAAGUUGUCUAGAAAUGGAUUUCUGUUGAAAUUUCCUGCCACCCCAACAGUAUUUUCUUGCAUUCGUCUAAUCAAUCAGUUUUGCAGAAUGAGAAUCCACUGUGUGGCAUGUAUCCAGUUUAUCUUGUUAUGGUCUUAUGGUCAUAAGGAUAGAAAGUUUAACUCUCUUGUAUUUGGCCUGCUGAGUGCUAUCGUAAUAAUUCUGUUUCUAGUACUGGAAAAUGAGUAGGAGUCCAUAAUCUUCAAACUGAAGAUUGAAUUGCCCCUAGCAACCAUACUGUGUUUAUGAUUUUUCGUCAUGGACCAGAAACACUUAUGUAACUUUUGAACUUUAAGCAAAAAGAUUGGAGUUGCAGACAUUUUUACAAGUGGCUUGUCAGUUUAAAACUGCAGAAUUCUGGAAGUUCCCUCGUGGUACAGCAGGUUAAGGAUCCAGCGUUGCUGCAGCUGUGGCAUGGGUCACAACUGUGUCACAGGUUCGAUCCCUGGCCCAGGAAUUUCCACAUGCCGCAGGUGCAGCCAAAAAAAAAAAAAAGGCUGCAUAUUCUGUUCUUGCCAUAUCGUCACAUAUUCCUUAUACAAAAUUACUAUUCUGAGUAGUGACUGCUUCCCUGUCUCAGUGUAGAAGUGCCUGUGUUUUUAUUUAUUGUUCAGAUAUUAUAGACCAAAUAUUUUUAAAAUAAAUUUUGUGUAAUAUUUUAUUUGUAUACAGUGUUUAUGACAAACUAUUUAAAGCAUGAUGUUUUAUGUGGCAACAUGUACCAUAAGCUAAUUGUUAUUUUUGAAUUUUAAAAUUUGUUUUUUUUAACUAUUAGAUAAAAUUCUGCCAAACUGUUGCUUAUAUAUAUGCUAUCUUGUAACAUGCUUUCUUUAAAUAUUUUUGUGUUACAGAAAUGAAGAUUCUUAAAAGAUAUAUAUAAUACUGGAUACUGUAAAAUGAUGGAAAUAAAAUCAUUGUAUUUUUA